AAGAAGACGCGGAGACGACGGCGACCUGCUCCCAAGUUUCCGCGCCGGCGGAUCUCGGGGUGUGAUCCGCGGGGGCGCCCACGUGGGGAGAGGAAAGCCGGGAGGCGGCGGGACGCGGCGGAGCGCGGGCGGCGGACGGGACCGCGGCGGGUCCGCAGCGCACCGGGCCGGCCCCCCCGCCCCCGGCGGCCCCGCACCGGGCAGGAAGGGGUGGAGCGGCCGGGCGGGGUGCCGCGGGCGGGGAGGGGAGGGCCGGCAUCCCGGCUGCGCUGAAGCCGGGCGGACGGGCUGCGCCUCGCCUCCCGUGAGCGCUGCCCAUGGAGCGGCUGCCCGGCCAGCCCUGAGCCCGCGGCCCCGGCCGCCCGCCCCGCAGCCGCCCCCGAUGGAGCCCGAGGAGCGGAAGAUCUCGGUGUGGAUCUGCCAGGAGGAGAAGCUGAUCUCGGGGCUCUCCCGGCGGACCACCUGCUCGGACGUGGUGCGGGUGCUGCUGGAGGACAGCCACCACCGGCGGCAGCGCCCGGCGCCGCCCGAGCCCGGCGGCGGGAUGCUGUCGGGGCCGCCGCACUCCUACUGCAUCGUGGAGAAGUGGCGCGGCUUCGAGAGGAUCCUGCCCAACAAGACGAAGAUCCUGCGGCUCUGGGUGGCGUGGGGGGACGAGCAGGAGAACGUGCGCUUCGUGCUGGUGCGCAGCGAGGCCUCGCUGCCCAACGCGGGUCCGCGCAGCGCCGAGGCGCGGGUGGUGCUGAGCAAGGAGCGCCCCGGCCGCGGCCUGGGGGCGGCCCGCGCCAGCCUGGCACUCACGCAGGAGCGGCAGCGCCGGGUGGUGCGGAAAGCCUUCCGCAAGCUGGCCAAGAUCAACAAGAAGCGGCAGCAGCCGCUGGCCCGGGAAGCCUCGUCGGCGGAGAGGAUGGAGACGCUGGUGCACCUGGUGCUCUCGCAGGACCACACCAUCCGGCAGCAGAUCCAGCGGCUCCGCGAGCUGGACCGGGAGAUCGACAGGUACGAGGCUAAGAUCCACCUGGACCGCAUGAAGCGGCACGGCGUCAACUACGUGCAGGACACCUACCUGGUGGGCGCCGGGGAGCCGGAGCCUGGCCAGCCCCCCGCCGGCCGCCCCGAGGAGGACUAUGCCAGGAAGUGCGAGGAGGUGCUGCAGCUGCAGGAGCAGCGGGCGCAGCAGGAGGAGCUGCUGGAGCACCUGGCCGCCGAGAUCCAGGAGGAGCUCAACGAGCGCUGGAUGAAGCGGCGGCGGGAGGAGCUGGAGCUGGCGGCGGGACCCGGCCUGGCCGACACGGACUGCGACACCACGGAGCUGAGCGGCGGCGGCGAGGGCGAGCUGCACCUGGAACACGAGCGGGUCAAGACUCAGCUGAGCACCAGCCUCUACAUCGGCCUCAAGCUGAGCACGGACCUGGAGGCCGUCAAGAGCGACCUGGACUGUACGCAGCGGGCGUGGGAGGACAAGGAACGGGAGCUGCAGCGCCUGCUGGAGACGCUGGGCACCCUGGACGUGGCGGAGGCGCCGGCGGAGCCCCGCGGGGCGGCGGGCGGGGGGCGGCCGGCGGCGACCCCGGCGGGCGGCUGGGUGGAGCUGCGCAAGGACCGCGCCGACAACGACGAGGACUCGGACACGGGGUUGAGCUCCAUGCACAGCCAGGACUCGGACUCGGUGCCCGUCUGCGAGUCCCUCGUGUAGCGCCCGCCCGGCCGCGGCCCCCGCCGGGCAGCGAGGCACAAGCGGAGCGGGGCUGCCGAGGCACAGGGCGCUGUAGGGCUGCGGGCAGGUGUGGGGCAGGCGAGGAAACUCCCGGCGCAGGAGGCAGUCGAGCAGAGGAAACAUUUUAAUUUGAGCUCUGGAGUUUGGGCUUGUUCUGACUAGUCGUCCGCGGGCAGCGUUUAGGCUGGCUCGCAGGUACUUUUAUCUGAGGAAGAGAGAAACCCGCAGCGUGUUUGCGUUUCGUUCACGUCUGGGAUUGCUCUCUCCUUAAAUCCUGCCGCUUGCUUCCCUCCGAAGCUUUUCUUGCCGGGCCUUUUAAUCCCAGGGCUCCCCACGAACUCCCCACUGUAGCACAGACUGCUCUGGGUAAGCUCUUCACGAGCAAAAGGCCGGGAUGUGAGCUCCAGAGCGGGAAUCUGGAUUUCCCGAACAGGUUCUUGGCAGUGCAGAGGCAGAUGGUGGGUUAUACUGCCUGUCAUUUACAAACACACCCGGCUCCUUUACAGGCAAAAAGUCACUAAGACUAAAGCUGCUGAUCAUGUAAACACUAUGGAGGAAAAGAGGUGUUAGUACCACUGACACUGGGAUCUCCCAGGGCGCAAGCUUUUGGAAGGUACUGCAGUUCCUUUUGGCAACAGAAAGGAGUGAUAAAUCACUUCCUUUUUUUUUUUUUUUU